AUGACUUCAAUAGGUCAAGAUCUUAGGUUCAAAAGUGUUAAGGUACACCUUAUUUAUCUUUGUUUGGCACUGCUUAUUUUUCGAGUUUUUGCCUCUCUUCUCUUCUUCUUGCUUCUCUAUCCUUCUCUUGGUGUUGAUGUUGUUGGUGCUGGUACUGGUGCUGGUGCUUUGAACUCUGCUCUCUUCCCUCCUGCUCCUCCUCCCCCCAACUAUUUUCGCAUUUUUGACCAUUUGGCAAGUCUUUUCUCUGACUCUCACUUCCUCCUGUCUGAUCCUCUCCUUCUAGCUCCCUUCCCUCCUCUUCCCUCAAGAAUUUUCGCAAUUUUCACUAUUUGUUCUCUUGCCUCUUCCUCCUUUAUUAGUUUACAUGUAUUGUAGUAGUUGAAAUAUAAUUUGGAAUUUUCGCUUU